UUUUUCUUCUGCUUUUAAUGUUCCAUCAAUUUGUAGUCUCUUAUUGCAUGGAGCUCAUCAAAACACUUAUACUCAUUCUUCUUUUGGUUCUUUCUUAAGAGUUUAAUCAGAACAUAUUUUCUUAUUUAUAUCCAAUUCUUGAUUUCUAUUUUUGUAUCCUAAAUCUUUGAGAAAGUGAAAAAAUGGAUUCAAGAAUUGAGAUAGAUUUCAUGGACCUCAACACCAGACCACAAUCAGAAAUGGCGAAGCAACACACCAAAGCUUCUGGGAUGAAGUGGCCAUUUUCAUCUAUUGCUAACUUAGCUACUCAAGCUGAAAGCAGAGUUUUUCAGAAUUACAACUCCUCCCCAAUAAUUUACAGUAAUUCAAAAAGUUCAUCCCUAAAGAAUUACAAAUUCACCACAAAAGAUUCCAGGAAAAAUUCUGACCACUUGAGGAAACCUGAGUCAACGUUGACCAUAUUCUACAUGGGUGAGGUCCAUAUUUUUCAGGAUAUCACACCAGAAAAGGCUGAACUAAUAAUGGACUUGGCUUCUAAAUCAACGACUCUCCACAUGAAUGAGAUUUUAGAAAAGGCAAAUAAAGAAAAAUAUGAAGAAAAUAAAUCUGAGCCUUCAACACCAAAUACAUCCACAAAUUAUGCUAAAGGAGCACUGGCUAUGGCUCGUAAAGCAACCCUUGCCCGAUUUUUGGAGAAGAGAAAGCAUAGAUUGAUCACAGCUAGGCCAUACCAACAUGGUGAAAAAACACCAAAGUUUCCUUUUGAAAUGCACCAAGAAGAAGAAACGGCGUCGUCAAGCGUUCAUUGGGAAAGCUAAUUCAAGACAAAUGGAUUUUUGAAUUCUUAUUCUUUUAAACUAUAUAUUGUCUAAUGUUAAUAGGACUUCUUUAGAAAUACCCGUAUCUAUGAACGUGCAUGUUAAUAGUGGCACGUGAUGAUUUGAACAUUUAUUUAUAUGAAAGAAUAAUAAAAAUUAAUUAAUGAGAGAAAUUUUAUGUAUAAUAAUACAACAAUCGUCUUAAUGCCGAAACGUAUUACUAUUA